AUGUCGACGCCAAUACCAAUACCAUUAUCAUCACAGCCACCACCACCAACAACAACAACGUGGAAUAAACAGCAAGAAGUUUU